UUAUUUACAUACAGUUUUUUUUCUACAUAGAAAAUGUUUAUAUCUAAUUCAAUUUCACUUUAACCCUGGGCAAAGUGAACGCUGUAAUUAGACAACAGCAUUCACUUAACAUUUAACCUAUUCAUUUAACAUUUAUCACUUACAUGUACUUGCCAUGUGCCAGAUAUUAUUCUAAGUUCACUAAGAUAUUAGCUUUUUUAUUCUUAAAACCAUGUAACAGAACAUGGUAAAAAGUUUUAAUUGAAAUUGCUGUUUUUUCUCCACUUUUCCAUCCUACCCCAUCAUAUGUAAUCAGUAAAAGAACAGCAAAAGUCCAGUGAAAAGCAUUUAACUUGGACUUAUAAGAUUUGAGUUCAUUUCUGGCUCCAUUUAGGGUUCUGUGUGGCAUUGGAUAAGUUACUGAAACCAGAACCUCCCAAACCUAACUGAUGAUCAGAAUUUGAAGGAGGGUGUUAUAGCUACAAAUAUAACUCUUUAUAUUUGUUAUAUUUUUCAAUUUAUAUACAUAUAAGGCUUCACCCAAGACUUUCUAAUUGACUUUGUUUAGAGUGGGACUCAAGAAUCUGAAUUUCCUUUAAAGCUUUACACAUCUUCCUCAACUUAUGAUGGGGUUAUGUCUCAAUAAAUCCAUCAUAAAUUGAAAAUAUUGUAAGUCAAAAAUGCAUUUAAUACACCUAAUCUACUGAACAUCACAGCCGAGCCAAGCCUACUUUAAAUGUGCUCAGAACACUUACACUAGCCUACAGAUGGACAAAAUCAUCUAACACAAAAAACUGCUUUGUAAUAAAGUACUGACUAUCUCAUGUAAUUUAGUGAAUACUGUUCUACAAAUGCACAAGUGAAUGGUUGUCUGGGUGCAGCGUGGUUGGAAGUGUAUUGGACUGGGAGCUGGCAUUUCAUCAAGAGAGAAAGAGAGGUGCCCUCUAUAUGAGGUUGGGGAGCGGCAGAGUCGGCCUUUUCCGCCCGCUCCCCCCUCCCCCGAGCGCCGCUCCGGCUGCACCGCGCUCGCUCUGAGCUCCAUGCUCCUAAGCUAGUGCCACCGUUGUCUCCCUCCAGUCGCCAUCAUGAUCAUCUACCGGGAUCUCAUCAGCCAUGAUGAGAUGUUCUCUGACAUCUACAAGAUCCGGGAGGUCGCGGACGGGCUGUGUCUGGAGGUGGAGGGGAAGAUGGUCAGUAGGACAGGGGGUAACAUUGAUGACUAGCUCAUUGGUGGAAAUGUCUCCGCUGAAGGCCCCGAGGGCGAAGGUACCGAAAGCACAGUAAUCACUGGUGUGGAUAUUGUCAUGAACCAUCACUUGCAGGAAACCAGCUUCACAAAAGAAGCCUACAAGAAGUACAUCAAAGAUUACAUGAAGUCAAUCAAAGGGAAGCUUGAAGAACAGAGACCAGAAAGAGGAAAACCUUUUAUGACAGGGGCUGCAGAACGAAUCAAGAAUAUCCUUGCUAAUUUCAAAAACUAUCAGUUCUUUAUUGGUGAAAACAUGAAUCCAGAUGGCAUGGUUGCUCUGCUGGAUUACCGUGAGGAUGGUGUGACCCCAUAUAUAAUUUUCUUUAAGGAUGGCCUAGAAAUGGAAAAAUGUUAACAAAUUUGGCUGUUUGGAUCUAUCACCUGCUCGCCAUAACUGGCUGGCUGCUGCUUUUCAUCCACACAACACCAGGACUUAGAUGAAUGGGACUGAUGUCAUCUGGAGUUCUUCGUUUUGAUGUUGAUUUGUUUGGAGCGGAGGGAUUGUUUUUGAGGAAAAAAAAAAAACGUGUCAUGUAGGUUGUCUAAAAAUAAAAUGCAUUUAAACUCAAAAAAAAAAAAGAGAGAGAGAGAAAGAGAGAGAGGGAGAAUCGUGCCCAUAUGGCUAGCCCAGGAAAAGUUCAAAAUUCAAAACUCGAAGCAUGGUUUCCACUGAACGAGUAUUGCUUUCAUACCAUCGUAAAGUCAGGGACUGUCUGUACAAAUUCUGGUGAGCAGCAAUACUUGGGAACCAUUGAUCUAGUAGUCUUAUCCUUUAAUCCCAACAGAAAAAGUAUGGAAAUAUGUGGUUCACAAGAGUGGACAUGAAGGGCAGGAUUGUAAAGCCUAAAUGUCAGAACUCCAUUCUUUACACGUUCUCACUACAGUGGCCACAACAAAAGGGCCAUCUAGAAUAUUUAAGUCCAAACAGAAACAUUAGGAAUGGUAUCAUACAAGUGACUGUCACUUACAGCACCUAUGUAAACCUACCGCUUUAGGCCUGAUGGCAAUAAAAUGAAGCAGGAAAUGGAGGCAAUGGUCUCACUGAUUUCAAUUAUAAAACAAAACAAAACAAAUUAUCUUUACCUGGAUGUGCAGAAAAUGGCCACACACACACACAUAUUCACACACCUAAAAGUUUCCAAGGUGAUUUUUUUCCCCCUUAAAGUAUUCAACUAAUCAUCACAAUAUACUUUUUAUUUUCAUCCCUAAAAUAUUUUGAGUACUAAUGCCUGACACCAUGAACAUGAAUAAAAGUAAGUGCCUGUCUUCAAGGCGAUAGACACAGCCAUAAACAUAAGAACAGCAGUUUAAGUUUUAAAAACUUAAGUUUGGCUGAAUUUUACAGAUUCUACAGGCAAUCAAUCAUAAGCCAGAAAUGCUCAUAUUAUAAAUAUGUUCUGGCAUAACUGUCAUAUCAAGCUGGUAACCAUCAUAUAAAGAACUAGAAGGAACAGUAAUUUGAGAGCCUCAGGAUAAGAGAUGUGAGUUUGACUCUGCUACUUGACAAUUUGUAGCAAGACUUUUCAGCCCUUAGGCAAGUCUUUAAGCCCUCUGAACCUAUUUUUUUGAACAAUGCAUGUCUUAUAAAGUUGUUGUGAAAAUAAAAUCAAAUAAUACAAAUGUUAAUGUACCAUGGGUAUUACGGACAAUGCUUAUAACUCUACUAGUAAUAAAACAUGUAUUUCAAGUAGUUUAGAGAUAAAUUGCUAAUAACCAACUACUUUCUCAUCUGGCCCCCAAUACAUCUAGGAGGCUUUUGUUGUUACCAGUUACUACUAUAUGUGUAGCUUUUGUACACUGAUAUGUUUAUAAAUUGGUAUAUGAUAAGCACAUAUAUAAAAAUAAAUGUGUACAUUAUAUAGCCAUGAAUAUAUUUAAAUGUGUUUAUAUAUGCAUACACCUUUCAAAAGAGAAAUACUGAAGAAACCAAUCUAAGAGGCAAAAUUUCAUCUACUUUAGGGAUAGACACUGGACAAAACCUCAGAGGACUAUGUAUUUUAUUUUGUAUUUCUGAUUAAACAAUGAUGAGAAUGACAGAAGAGUUAUAGGAAUGCUCACCUUCAUGCUACAGACAAACAUGUAACUGCAUGCUAAGUCUUAUUAUUCUAUGGGGACGUGAGUAAUGCUUUAAUGCAAAAUUCCAGUUAAAUGACUGUAGUAGACUAAUCAUUAAUUCUAAAACAUGAUUCUGACAAAAGCAUACCUAUCUCAUACGUCUCCCCAAUGUAUAUAUUAGCUAUAAGUAGCAGAAAACAUAAGAAUUGUAGUUACUAAAACUCUUCUCCUCUUACUUUUUACUCAUACCAUGUUAGUACAUAAGGUUGGUUUAUAAAUAAUAAUUAACAAUAAGGUCAAUAAGAAACCUAAGUGUGUGUGUGUGUGUGUAUUUAUUAUCAUUAAAAAAAUUUUUUUGGCAACAACACACAGCUUGUGGGAUCUUAGUGCCCCAACAAGCGAUCUAACCUGGGUCCAUAGCAGUGAAAGUGCGUUUUAACCACUGGACUGUCAGUGAAUUCCCAAAUCUAAGUAUAUUUUAAACCAGAACCUUUCAUGUUCUUUGAGGUGCCCAGGCAGGAAAUUUUGAAAUGCUCAUGAGUUCUACUGGAUACUAGUGCUAAUUAUUAAUAAUAUAUACUUAAAAUUAUGCCCUUUCAUCCAAGUAGCUCAAAGAGCUUUUAAAGCAUUAAUUUGUUAUUUAUCUCUGAGAGGCAGGCUGGUAGAAAGUUAUUAUAAUCUCUAUUUUAUAGUCAAAGAAACUAGGGCAUAGAGAGGUUAAAUGACUUUGCUUGGGUCAUAUGGUGAAAAGAACUUUGGGACUCAAGAUCAUUGCUCUCAUUUCUAGUUCAGUAUAUUAUCCAUUACAUGGUUGGUCAAUA